AUGUCUGGUUCAGGACUUGUGAUUGUGCUCCUGUGUUGUCUACCUUUGACAGCCUGUUUGAGCUGCUACACCUGUGUAUUCCCGGCCAUCUCUCCUCUGGACUGCUUAAAGUUUCCACAGGAGUGUCCAGCCGGACAGCGUUGCCUGUCCAGUACUGCUGUAGGAAAACGGGGCUCUCUACAAAUGACGAUGUACGAGAAGAGCUGUGCAGUCCAGUCACAGUGUGGUGUGAGUGGACAGAAAUACGCCUCAGGCCUCUACUUCAACUACACCAACGUGUGCUGUGAUACAGACCUCUGUAACGGGGCUGAGUCCUUUGCUGCCCUCAGCUGGGGAGGAGCAGCUCUCUGCCUGCUGCCUGCACUCUCUCUCCUGGUGGCCUGA